CGCUCAGCGGGAUCCAAGUCCUCCUCUCUCGGUGCAUGGUCGCGGCGGGAGCCGAAAAGGGCGAGCCCGGCGGGGCGGGGGCCGGAGGCGGCGGCGACGAUAACAGAGCCCCAGCGCGGAGGAGCCGCCUCUGCCCGGCAGAGGUAUUGCCAGGCAUCUGAAGUGGUUGACCAAGCCUAGGGACUUGGAACAGUGGUGUGUGAUGUCGAACAGUGCGCAGUCCUUGCAGCCUCUCCCACCAGCCUGCAGUGUCAUAUGCCAGUAUGAAUAUUAAGAAAGAAAACUGUAUUUCAGAGCUCAGCAUCCCGGAAGGAAAAAAGGAGGAAUUAAACAGAAAGAACAAAUGACUGCACUGCUUGCAAAACUUGAGGCUGUUCAUUUUUUCUUCUGAGAAGCUUCGUCUUGGCCUUUGUGAGAGAGUUGAAAGAGUAGCCAGAGCAGACAUAGUAGUUUUCCUAGGGUCCUUUUUUCCUUUUUUAAUUUAAUUUUUCCCCCCAGUGCCUGGAUUUUAAGACUGUCUGCUGCACUGAUCACAAGCACUGGACAUCAAUAUGUGUCAUGUCAUUGUAACGUGUCGGUCAAUGCUAUGGACUCUCCUGAGUAUCGUGGUGGCUUUUGCAGAGCUCAUUGCCUUCAUGAGCGCAGACUGGCUGAUUGGGAAAGCAAAGCCUUCAAGCUCCGAGGAUGUGGACAACAGAACAGGGGGAUCGCAGGAGCCUUACCAUCCAACUCUGGGCAUCUACGGGCGCUGCACCAGAAUCUCCCACAUGCAGUUUUCUAGACGAGACACGCUUUGUGGUCCUUACGCUGAAAACUUCAGUGAGAUUGCCAGUGGGUUCUGGCAGGCGACCGCUAUUUUCCUGGCCAUGGGAAUCAUGAUUCUCUGUACCGUGGCAUUUGUGUCUGUCUUUACUAUGUGUGUGCAGAGUAUUAUGAAGAAAAGCAUUUUUAAUGUCUGUGGGCUGCUACAAGGGAUUGCAGGGCUCUUCCUUAUCUUAGGCUUGAUACUUUACCCUGCAGGUUGGGGAUGCCAGAAAGCAAUAAGCUAUUGUGGACCUUAUGCUUCUGCUUACAAACUAGGAGACUGCUCCUUGGGCUGGGCUUUCUACACAGCCAUCGGUGGCACUGUUCUGACGUUCAUCUGUGCAGUCUUCUCGGCGCAAGCUGAAAUAGCCACGUCCAGUGACAAAGUGCAAGAAGAAAUAGAAGAAGGAAAAAACCUUAUCUGCCUCCUUUAACUACAGUGGGGGAAAAUACCAGCGUCUGGAUCUUUAUCUGCUUUCCAUUGACUGGACAAGCAGAUCCACUUACCUGUUUUUACCAUUUGUGUGACUGAGCCCCAUGCAUUCCAGCCCCGAACUACUGAAAGGGUCUUUCUUCCUUGCUGGGCAAUGGGGAUCAGAGAAAGGAUCCCAAGAAAGCAGAAUGUAAAUACUUGGGGAUAUUUUUAGUUUCAUUCUGUGAUCAGGACACAGUGGAAUACAUUGAUCUGACUGGGGAUGUGAGUAAACACCUGUAUAUAGCAGGAAUGUUGUUAUAACUGACAAAUUCUGAUCGAUUGGAUUGCCUAACCCACCCUGGUCACUUUGAAGAAUUUGGGUUUAAAAUAAUAAAAGAUAGCACAU